UUCUCCCUCUCUGUAUAUUGAAUCUCUACUCGUUUAUACUCGUUUCUCUUCCCCUCUCUUCCCCUCUGUCUGUCUGUCCACGUCUCUCUCUCUCUCUCUCUCUCUCUCUCUCUCUCUCUCUCUCUCUCUCUUUCUGGUCGUAUACUUUAUUCUUUAUUCUUUCGGCCGAUUCUCCUCCUUCUGUCCGUUUCUUAACGCGGCGCGCGCGCGCAGCUGCGCGCACUCUACGAAAAUAGAACUCUGAACGUUAAAAAAGAGGAGCCGAGGAAGGAGCGAGGAGAGUGACUAUAAGGCGGUCGUUAGAAUGUCGCGCGUGUCGCUCAACAAGUCGCAGUACAGCACGUACGGCUCGCGUCGCGUGCGAAAAAUCAGCACGACGGAGAGCGAGUACUCCGUAGAAGAGCAAUCGAGACUAACAGGAGCAGAUGGAGCGGCCGAUGAGACGUCCCCGGAGGACGAAGGAGGAUCUCUUUGCGAAUAUCAUGACAUACCACCACCUCCGGACGGUGGCUAUGGCUGGGUGGUUGUGUUUGCGUCGUUUAUGUGUAACAUGAUAGUGGAUGGGAUCGCAUAUACAUUUGGCGUUUUCCUUGGCGAAUUCGUUAAAUAUUUUGGGGAGGGGAAAGGCAAAACUGCUUGGGUCGGUUCUUUACUCUCUGGCAUGUAUCUUAGUGCUGGACCUGUUGUCAGUGCUCUGACUAACAAAUAUGGUUGUCGGGCUGUCUGUAUGGCAGGAAGUUUUCUAGGAGCUGCGGCAUUUGUAUUAUCGACAUUUUCAACCAGUGUAAAUAUGCUUAUGAUGACUUACGGUGUGAUGGGAGGUAUCGGCUUUGGUUUAAUAUAUCUUCCUGCGGUAGUUUGCGUAGGCUAUUAUUUUGAAACCAAAAGAUCUCUUGCUACGGGCAUUGCGGUAUGUGGCUCAGGGUUUGGCACGUUUGCAUUUGCUCCUCUUGCCACCAUGCUGUUAGAAGCAUACAGUUGGAAGGGGGCAAAUUUAAUCUUAGCAGGCCUUAUUUUAAAUUGCGCAGUAUUUGGAGCAAUGAUGAGACCCCUCGAAUAUCCAAAAACUUCUUCUGUAAAGCCAUUGUUACAAAGAAUGGCAGAGGAGAAGAGGUUUCAAAUGGAACGUGGAAGUAUAGGUGGUUCUUAUUUCAUGGUGCAACUACCUGAUGGAUCUAUGGAGAAAAGAAUGAAAAUGCCUAUUAAUAUUGAUCCGGGUGUACACUCCAGCUUCAAUUUAGAUCAAUUAGUGCCUGGAACUCCUUUAACACCAGUUCCAACGGUGCCGACCCUACCAACUAUAUCGGAAGUAAAAGUACAAGAACACUCAUCCAGCGGGGCAACUAGUAAUAGUGGUAGUAUGGAUUUAAAAAGCGCUUCUACCAAAUCAAGAAGUAAAAAGAAUUUAAAUGAAAAAGACAAGGAUACGAUAGAGAAACCCGAAGGUGAUAUUAUUAAGCCGAUAAUUCCAAGGAACGCUUCGCAACCAGCUUUUACUACACAUGUGCAAGGUUUGCCUAAAAAUGGUUCCGUACCAUUCUUCGAUAGAAUCCGUAAAACAAGUACCGGUGAAAGAUAUAAACCAAGUUUAAGCGCUAUAAAGAAUUCUAGAACAACCCUGAAUUCAAAUGGAGACAUUCGAAAAAGUUUACAUUUAAGACUUUCCACUAGCAGUGUAUUAGGAUCACGUAACAACAAUGCAGAAGUUGAGGACGGUGAAAGCAUAACUUUUACGACAAGUACAUCUCGUAUACCGAAGGAGAAGCCUUUAAUGAUUCGUCCUUUAUCAAGGAAAGAUAUAUUUUACAGCGGUAGCGUGGUUAAUCUGCCAGAAUAUCAAAGUCAAAAGUCUCUUGCUAAUUAUCGUCAAAGUGUCAUUUCAAUUCCGAAAUCUGUACGUGGUGAAAUAAAAGAUAUCGAUAUAGAAAAAGCGCCUCAACAACCAUUGUGCCCCUGCUUAAUUUUACCUGACUCAUUUAAAGAAGCUUUAGCCACAAUGAUGGAUGUAUCUCUGCUAAAGGAUCCAGUUUUUCUUCUUAUUGGAAUAAGUAAUGUCUUCGGUAUGGCAGGAUUAUAUGUUCCUUUUGUAUAUCUCGUAGAUGCUGCUAUCUUAGACGGAAUUGAAAGCAACUCUGCAUCAUUUUUAUUAUCCAUUAUUGGUAUAACCAACACAGUGGGUCGUGUAGCUUGUGGUUACGUCGCAGAUUUUCCUCAAGUCGAUUCGUUAUUGUUGAAUAAUAUAUGCUUAAUUAUAUCAACUGUUGCUGUAGCAGCUACACCAUUUUGUCACACUUAUGCUGCUUACAUUGCCAUGAGUAUAUUCUUUGGCAUAGCAAUAUCCGGUUACAUCUCAUUAACGUCGAUCAUUUUGGUGGAUCUUUUGGGAUUGGAUAAGUUGACAAAUGCAUUUGGUCUUCUCAUAUUAUUCAGAGGAGCUGCAGCGAUCGUUGGUUCGCCAUUAGCUGGUGCCGUUUAUGAUGCCACACAAAGUUAUAGUAUACCAUUUUUCAUGGCAGGAUUUUUCUUCCUCGUAAGCACGGUCACCAGUUUCAUGGCACCCGCCAUGAAACGUUGUACGACACCGCAGACACAGCCUGUGAUAUUAGAUACGUUGACACCAAUUGACGAGGAUAUAGAGGAAGAGAACGAGGAUGAUAUACCGGAGAUAGUUGAAACUGCACCGUCACCUCAAGAUCCACCGGAGAAAGAAAUUAAACAGAUAGAGUCUGUUUUAUAAGCACCUAAGCAUCUUUUUUUUUUUUUUUUUUUUUUUUUUGUAAGAUAGAGAGAAAAAAUGUCGCCUUCACUCCGAGCCACACUGUGAUAGGGCUGCUUAAAUUCAAGAAGGUCUCACAAAACGAAGAAAACAUAUUUUCUUCGUUAACGUUAUUAUAUUUAAUAAUGCGAGGAGAAAGGAAACAAAAGAAAAGGAAAAAAGAAGCACAAAUCGAUCGAGUAUAUACCUGGUGACAUUUUUUUCCAUAUUCUCAGGACUUUUACUAUACUAUAUUGUUAUAUAUAUAUAUAUAUUUUUUUUUUUUUUUUUAUUUUUUUUUUCUUUCCCUCUUUUAUUCUAAUCUAAUGAGAUAAAAAUCAUGCAAGAAAUAUCGCCAGGUACGAAGCUGUUCUUUUGCCUACGUCAAUAAUAGAUGAUAGAUAGUGAAAUUUCUUAACUUAAUCAGUAUCGAUCGAUCAGUAUAUACGAAUUGAAAGAGAGAGUGGGAGAGAGUGGGAGAGAGAGAGAGAGAGAGAGAGAGA